AUGGAGCGGGGGUGCACCGCCGCGCUCGCCUGCACCUUCCGCUCCUCCUCCUCCCCCUCUCCGGUUUCCCACUGCCCGCCUCUCCUCCGCCCCCGUGGACGCCCGCCCGCGGCCGCCGGGGCUCCUCACUUCCUCCCGCCAACCGGCCGGCGCUUCAGCUACUGCAGUCAAAAUAAGUUUUUAGACACAAGCAAGGGGCUUAAGCGGUACUCAUUGAAGACAUUCAGCCCAUUUGGUCGUCCAGGGGUUAGUCUGAACGAUGCAGAUUUAGUAAAAGAUAAGAUGCUAAUUGAUUGUGGAGAAGAGCAAGACUGUGUGCUUGAUGGGAUAGUCGCCUUGGGAAAAUUUGAUGCCCUUCACAUUGGCCACCGGGAACUAGCCAUGCAUGCUUCUAAAUCAGGAAAUCCUUUUCUUCUUUCUUUUGUUGGAAUGGCUGAAGUUCUUGGCUGGGAGUAUAGGCCUCCCAUAGUUGCUCAUUGUGAUCGGAAGCGAGUCCUUUCGUCUUGGGCUCCAUAUUGUAGAAAUGUGGUGCCUCUUGAAUAUCAAGUUGAGUUUUCAAAGGUCAGAUACCUAACUCCACGCCAGUUUGUUGAGAGGUUAUCAACGGAUCUUAGAAUAAAAGGUGUUGUAGCAGGUGAAAACUACAGAUUCGGGUACAAAGCAUCUGGUGACGCAGCUGAGUUAGCGAAACUGUGUGAGGAAUUCGGUUUAAGUGCAUUUAUUGUACGGUCUGUCAUGGACACCGCAAAGGGAUCUUAUAAUGGAGCAACACCCGCCGUAAAUUCAAGCGAUAAAGGACAGGUAUCUUCUAGUCGUGUUCGCCAAGCUUUGUCGGUCGGUGACAUUGAAUACGUCUCCAAGUUACUUGGGAGGAAACACCGCCUUGUGCUAACAGUGAGUGAAUACUCCAUUAAGGAACGGAAAAACAUUAUAGUCCCGAAAUCUUGCAUGGUCAACAUGCCACCAGCCGACGGGUUCUACGAGAAUUGUGAGCUCUUCAAUGGAGGGUAUCUUGGACUAUGCAGGGUGGUCAUUAACUCAGAGACCAUUGAUAUUGAGAUGAAAGAUGAGAGCAGUUUGUCGCCAGACACUUUUCAAGAAGUUCAACAGUUAGGGAUUGAGUUCGGGUGA